AUGGAUUAAAAUAACCUCCAUACAUUGUUUUUUAUAGAUCAUAUUCUUAAAACUGAGCAAGCACAAAAGAUAUAGCAACUUGCUAAACAAUACAGUGCACAGUAUGCUCACAUAAGGGACAUGUCUAAAGAACAGGCUGACCUCUUUUUAUCUUAACUCCCAUCUUCGAGUUAUGGCGAAGAGAAAGUCAAGAGAUUAUAUUUCGAUGGAUGUUUCGACCUAAUGCACUCUGGACAUUUCAACGCACUUCGUCAAGCCAAAGAAUUAUGUGAGACCUUGGUUGUCGGAGUGAUCAAAUCUGAUGCAAUAGCCAAAGCAAAAGGACCUCCAAUUAUGACUGAUGAGGAACGAUUGGCCCUAGCCAGUGCCUGCAAGUGGGUGGAUGAAGUAGUUAUCCAGGAAACAUACGACCCAACAAUUGAAUAGAUAGAUAGACACUCUUGUUCACACGUUGCCCAUGGAGAUGACUUAGUCCAAACUGCUGAUGGCAAAGAUGCGUAUUAACCAUUCAAGGAUGCAAAAAGAAUGAAAAUCUUCAAAAGAACAGAAGGAAUCAGUACUACAGACAUAGUGGGUAGAAUGUUGUUAAUGACCAAAGAAGUUAUGUGGGAGGAGAAGAAAGUAUUCUAGAAGUAAACUGUCGUCGAAGCUUCCAAUAUCAAUUCUCUUGAGAUAGACCAAGUUUCAAUUGAACAAACCUUAAAUAACAAAAUACUGAACACAACCAGGAGAAUCAUGCAAUUUAGUAACAACAAGAAACCUAAACCUGGUGAUAAGAUCGUGUAUAUUGAUGGAUCAUUCGACAUUCUGCAUCAGGGCCAUGUUGAUGUUUUAAGAAAAGCCAAGGAGUUGGGAGAUUUCUUGUAUGUUGGAGUGUAUGACAAUGAGACAAUUAACAAAAUAAAAGGGAAAAACUAUCCAAUUUUAAAUUUGUAAGAGAGAGUCUUAAAUUUAUUGGCAAUUAAAUUCGUAGACGAAGUUAUAAUGGGAGUUCCAUAUAAGGUGAAUGAACAAUUAAUCAAAAAUUUCAAAAUUGAUUUGGUUGUAGAAGGUACUUGUUCCUAAAAGACCGUCGAUGAUCCUUAUGAGUUACCAAUUAAAUUGGGAAUCUAUUAAUAAAUCUAGGCAGUCAACAAACAGACUGCUGAUGAACUUAUUGAAAGAAUCGUUAGCAAUAGGUUAAGAUUCUUAGAAAAGUAUAAUUCAAGAAAGAAGAAAGAAAUCAAUUUCUUCGAAAAUCAUGAUUACAAAGUGGAAGAAAUAUGA